UGAAUCCCAAUUAUAUUCCAACAUGCCCAGCAUGAACGAAUUUGACAAUGUCAUGCAGGUCGCCGGCUCUGAAGGCCCUCGGCCUCGUCUCGUGCGGUGGUGUCUCUAACGAAGGGUUCACGCAGCUGAUCAAUAAGUGCCCACUGCUAGAGGACCUCCUGCUUGUGUUCUGCCACAACGUCGGUGGCCGUGACGUCUACGAGGCUACCGGCCGGGCAUGCCCGCAGCUCAGGCGCUUCAGGCUACGCAAGAGGGCGUUCUGCUUCCACGGUAGCGGGGAAGCGCUCGGGGUCGCGGCCAUGCACGGGCUGCGGACCCUUGCCCUCCUCGGGAGCGACGUCACCAACGACGAGCUCGCCUCCGUCCUCGACGGCUGCCCUCACCUGGAGCUUCUCCACCUGAGUGAUGACUGCUUCAACAUCGGCGCCGACGACGCGCUGCGGGCGAGGUGCGCCAGAAUCAAGUCGCUGGUGCUUCCUCCCCUCCAUCGCGAGAUUGAUGAUGGGGACUACUACGAGAUUGAUGUUGUCGGCUCCGACUCCGAUUGAGACAUGUGAUCCUUAGCCUUACUACUGCUGCUGGCCUGCUGCUGCUGUGGUAUA